CCGCUCUCCGCGCAGCAUGGCCCCCAGCACCGCGGCCGUGGAGCUGCUGAGCCCCAAAGAGAAAAACCGACUGCGGAAGCCCGUGGUGGAGAAGAUGCGCCGCGACCGCAUCAACAGCAGCAUCGAGCAGCUGAAGCUGCUGCUGGAGCAGGAGUUCGCGCGGCACCAGCCCAACUCCAAGCUGGAGAAGGCGGACAUCCUGGAGAUGGCCGUCAGCUACCUGAAGCACAGCAAGGCCUUCGCCGCCGCGGGCCCCAAGAGCCGGCACCAGGACUUCAGCGAGGGCUACGCGUGGUGCCUGCAGGAGGCCGUGCAGUUCCUGACGCUGCACGCGGCCGGCGACGCGCAGAUGAAGCUGCUCUGCCACUUCCAGCGCCCCCCGGCCGCGCCCGGCGCCCCCGCCACGGAGCCCAAGGCGGCGGCGCCCCCGGCGGCCAAGGCCGGCCCCGCGGCGCACCAGCCCUCCCGCGGCCUCUGGCGGCCCUGGUGACCCUGCGGGCGUGCGGGCCGCCGCCCGGACCCGAGGGCCCGCUGGUGCGCAGGGAAGAGCCGCCUGUCCCGCCGGCGCCUCCCGAGGCUCCCCCGGGCCGGGCCGGGCCGGGCCAGCGGCGGCCGCUCUCGGAGAACGCGCUGCAGGGCCUCGCGUCCGGCACGGCCAGGGCCGCCUCCGCCGUCCGACCCCACGGGUUGUUUGCAUUUCAGCAAUGACUUCCGGGAAGUCCCGCGGUUCUAUGACGUUUGUAGCGGGGACUCUGUCCCGCUCGUAGAGAGAGGACUUUCUCCAGCUCGCCGCCGCUGGGCCGGCCUGGCGGGCGCACAUUUGCCUUUUGUGAAGGCGGAACUCUAGGUGCGUCCUCAUAGGAAGAGUGUCAGCCCCGAGGGGCGGGAGGGACCCCGCGGGCCGCGCUGCCUGGGCCUGGCCGUCGGGUCAGGGCUCACAGCGGGCCGAGGGCGGGUCUCCAUGAUCCUUAAAGGAUCCCUGGGUGGGCGGGUGCUCGUGGGCUUGACGCUGUACUCAGAAUCUGAACUCAGUCACGUGGGAGCCACUGGCCUGUCCCUGGACUUCCAAUAAA